AUGCAAGAAGUCGAUCAUCUUCAGCAAAAAUUCCCGCGUGGUGUUGGCAUUGUUAUACAUGUACCAUUCAUGGCACAAGGAGAUAUUGAAUGGCCUAUCACAAUUCUAGACAUUGCUGUUGUAUUAUCAGAAAAACCAGGAAUUACCACCGAAUCAGAAAAUAUGGAACCUGCUUUAUUGGAUGAAUUGUUAUUGAAUAUUUCAAGUCUUUCAUCAAUUUAUCAUAAAUCUCCACAAACUUUUAUUCAUCAUUGUAAACCUCAUUAUUUAAUCCAAUCUCCAGUUUUGAAUAGAAGAUAUUCAAGAAAAACACAAGAUUUAUUUGACACCGAUUUUGAUAAAUAUAUUAACGAGUAA